UACCUGAAACAGCAAAUCUAUCGAAUAUUCUGAAGAUGGCUGAUUGUGAUUGUAGCGGGUGCGACUUAGGGGGCUGUGAUUGCGGUACUUGUGAUUGUGCCGGUUGUGAAGAUUGUUGCGAUUGUACCGGUUGUGAAGAUUGUAGCUGUGGUGCCUGUUGCAAUAGUUGCAGCCAUGUGGACGUAUACUGGUGCCCAUUACUUUGUUACGACUUUGGUACAACUGCAUCUACACAAAAUGAUAGACAAGUCCGAGAAAACAAGCCGGUGGUACAAGAAGAGCCUCAAUCUGUGAUAAGCAAUCAACCAACCUCGCAACCAUUGCAGCCACAAGCUCAAUCUGAUGCAAUGGUCAUGGGUUUGACAAACCAAGAAAGCAUGAAACCAGCAGAAAAUGUUAUUGCUUCUCAAUUGCCUCCAUCAUAUGAAGAAGUGAUGAAGAAUACAAAAUGAAAAUGUUUGCUGCUUUCCAUUUUUUUGUGAUACCAGCAAUAACUGCUACCUAUUUAUACAAUUACUUUUUCUAUUUCAAGACUAAGGGCCGGUUUUUCAUCUUACUGUUAGAUCUGUCGGAUAUUACAUUUCCAUUGAAACAAAUGUGUCUUACAUUGAAAGUUUUCUAUUGAAUAAUUUUAACUGAAACAUAAAAGACCGGUCUUAAGUAUUGCAUUUUCUAUCUAAUUGUGUGAUGCAACUGCUCAGAAAUUUCUAUAUUGCAAGUGUGCCAAGUAUUUCAUAGUAUUGUGAAUUUUUAUACCCACUGUUUAUCUACUUUUUAUUCCACGUGUUAUUGAAUCAUGU